AUGCCGGAGAAAAAGCCAGUGAUUGGUCUGUCAUGGCAACCACAGUUGCCUUUUCCAUCUCUGUCGAAGGCUACAAAAGAGCCAUCUCAUGCUCAACUUCAAGCCAAGGCACCAAGUAGCACUAUAUGGAAACCAAAUUCAGAAUUGGUUGAUGGGCUAUUUGUCCCUCCUAAUGAUCCCAAAAAAUUAAAUAAGUUAUUGAAACAGCAAGUUAAGGAUACUGCUGGAAAACAAUGGUUUGACAUGCCUGCUCAAACCAUGACCCCUGAGCUGCAGAGAGAUCUGAAGUUACUAAAGUUGAGGGAUGCCUUUGAUCCAAAACGACACUACAAGAAGGGUGAUUCAAAAUCAAAGACUCUUCCAAAGUACUUUCAGGUCGGAACAGUUGUAGGCUCCCCGCUGGACUACUUCUCAGGCAGAUUAACGAAGAAAGAGAGGAAGGAAACGCUUGCAGACGAGUUGCUUGCUGAUCAAAACCAGUCAGCUUACAGGAAGCGAAAGGUUCGAGAAAUCGAAGAGCAGAGGCAACCAGCUGGGAAUGAACACUGGAAGAUCAGAGGCCAAAGUUCUCGGAAACGUGCAAAAGAAAGGAGGAAGUUCUGA